AUGGAUAAUGUUUUAAGUAUGAACUAUCUUAAAUUAACAGAAGAAUUAAAAAAAAACAAUUUGGAUAAAAUAAAGUUAAGCUUAAAAUGUAAUAAUUUAUGUGUAGAAAAUAUUGAUUAUAAUAUAAUAGAAAAUUUCGGUAAAUCUUUAAAAAAUAAUAAAUCUUUUAAAGGAAUAAUAGACAUAUCUUAUAAUAAUUUAAAUGAAAUAAAUUUAUUUAAUCUUAUUUGUAAUAUUAGUCAAAAUAAACAAAUUAUAGGACUAAAUAUUAAAGGCAAUGUAAUAACAAAAAUGAUAUUAAAAAAAAUAUUAUUAAUUAUAGAAACAAAUUAUAUAGAAUAUUUAAAUAUACAACAUACAAAAUUAAAUAAUCAAGAGAUUAGAAAUAUUAUAUUUUCUUCUUUAAAUAACAAUGUUAAAAUAUUAAAACUACAUUUUUUGACUCUAAACAAUUUUUUAUUUCUUAUUAAAUAUAUAAAAGAAAAUAGUAGUUUGCAAAAAAUACAUUUUUAUAUUACCUAUAAAACUGAGAUUAUUAAUAAUUUAAAUAUAAAAAAUGAAAAUGAUAUUCAACUAUACCCACUUUAUAUACAUAAUUUGCGAAAAGCAUUUAAAGAAUUUUUAGAGGCUAUUGAAAAUAAGGAUAAAAUAAUAAAUGUUAAAUGUAAAACUGAUAUUUAUGAUAGCGAAAUAAAAGAGACUAUUAAUUAUAUUACUCACGUUUGCAAUAAGCAUGUAUGCAUACAAAAGAGGAAUAAAGAAAAUUGUCAAAAAGGAAUGGAAAUAAACUCGUUAGAAAAAGUGAAACUUUUAUUAUCCGACAUUAAUGGGAAAGAAAGGCAUAUUAAAAAAUUUGAAAAAGAAUUACCAAUUGUGUUUGAUAAAGAUGUUUUGGAAUUUAUCCAAAAAACCUUAACAUAG